UUUUCAGCCGCGCUGUACAGUUGAGAUUCUCCUGGUCUCCAUUGAAUUCACACGUCCCACUGCAGCAAUGUACCCACCUACCUACCUACAUGUUAGACGUCUCAACAGCUGGUCGUUCCAACUUGUUUAGUUAUUAAAGCAGUAAGACAUGAUGGAGACUGGAGACACAAGUGUAAAAGUUGGUAUACGUAUCCGACCGCUCUCAGACAAUGAAGUUACUGAUGGCUGUUCCACUUGUUUAUCAUAUCCUAAUGAAGAGGGUCGGAUAAUAAUUGGGAAUGAUAAGCUCUUCGGUUUUGAUUUUAUUUUCAAAGAGACGGAUUCUCAGGAGUUUGUUUAUAAGAAGGCAGCGCUCCCAAUGGUUGACACUGUCCUCAAAGGAUACAACGCUACUUUGUUUGCGUACGGUCAGACUGGGAGUGGGAAGACAUAUACAAUGGGUACGUAUGUUACUGAGAACCUACCCGAAGAUUCUGUCGGCAUUGUUCCUCGAAUUAUUGGUGAUUUGUUCGAGAGGAUGUCGGAUUAUGAGUAUGAGUAUGCAGUGAAAGUCUCAUUUCUGGAGAUAUAUAAAGAAGAUAUACAUGAUUUGCUGGCAGAAGAUGCAUCUGCCCCUCUACAGAUUCGUGAAGAGAACCAACUCGUGAAGAUUCCUGGACUGACUGAAACAUCGGUCACUUCGCCGAAAGAAGUCCUUAGUCUUCUUGAAUCCGGCUCAGCAAAACGAAGUGUUGGUAGUACUUCCAUGAAUAUGAAGUCUAGUCGCAGUCAUGCCAUCCUAACACUUAGCUUUUUGAUGCGACCUAAGACAACGGAGUCGAGUGUGGAGAACGCAGGAGACACGCUGACCGCUAAGCUGCAUUUGGUUGACUUGGCUGGUUCUGAACGCAUUAAGAAAACACAUGCUGAAGGGGAUCGACUUAAAGAGGGUAUUGAUAUUAAUAGGGGUCUACUUGCACUUGGUAAUGUGAUAAGUGCUUUGUGUGAACGGGAUGCAAAGAAACGAUUGCAUAUUCCUUAUCGUGAUUCUCGUUUAACUCGUCUACUUCAAGAUUCAUUGGGUGGGAAUAGCGCAACUUUAAUGCUUGCAUGCGUAAGCCCUGCAGAUAUGAAUAUGGAAGAGACAUUGAAUACUCUAAGGUAUGCUGAUCGAGCACGUUUAAUUAAAAAUAAACCGAUUUUAAAUCGUGCUGAUCCAAAAGAUGCAGAACUAGCUAAACUUCGUACAUUGGUGGCUCAAUUACAAACACGACUAGCUAACGGUGGUUCAUCUUUCCCACCUUUGAGUCCAUGUCCAAAAAGUAUCCAAGCAUAUACAUCUAAUUCUAAUUGUACUGGGAGUCAUUUCUCUUCAGAAAUAAUCACAAAUCUUAUGGAUAAGACAAAAAGAUUAGAGGGUGAGAAACUGUUACUCUGUGAAGAAUUGGAUCGAGUUGUUGGAAAAAUGAAUGAACUAUACAAGAAAACUUUUGACUAUGAUAAUCUAUGGGAUGGAUUGUUUGGUGAAUGUCAGAAGAUUGAAUGUGUUAUUGGAUCUUUGAAAUAUUUAAUUGAGAAGAAGCUAGAUGGGAAUACUGAAAUGAUGUGCUGUAUUGGAGAUUUGGAGGAUAUUUUAACAGAAAUUAAACGACUGUGUCCAUCAGAAGGCAAUGAAAUACCAAACGAGGAUAUAGAGCAUGCGUAUAAACAGUCUUCGGAUUUUCUGGCUGAGGUUAAUUCACUGCAUACAUGUUUAGGUAUGGAGGAUAGUGAAUUUGUGAAGACAACAUUAGAGAGGAAUAAUGAAGAGGAUAUCAUUAAGAGUAACGGGAACAAGGAGAAUGUGAAAGGCAGUGAUAUAGGCAAGUUGCAAGUUGUUGAUGGAUGGGUUUGUAAACUACGUGUACGGAGGUUAGAAUGUAAAGAGCGUAUUGAGACUAUUGAGGCUAGUAUACGCGAGAAAAAUGAUCUUUUGAGGAGUUUGGAGACUGCUGGAGAACAAGGUGAAGAGUCGUACUGUUUACUGUUGAGAAAAUAUGAGUGUGAAAUGCGUGAGUUGGAAUCACGUAUUAGAGAUUUGGAGUUGGAGAAGAGGAGACUUGUGAGUGAACAGAAGAAUGAAGAUUUGAAAGAGUCUAAAAUUGAACGUGAAAGAGUGUUGAAGGCUAUGGAGCAGGAGUUAAUGCAAGCACGACGUCAAUUGAGUGAAUUAUCUCGUUUAAAGAAAGCCAAAGAAGCUAGAGAAGCUGAAUGUUUACGAUUAAGAGGUGAAAUUCAAUCUCUGAAAGCGUCAAUGAUUCGAUCAGCUAGACAGUUGAAAGAAGAGAGUGCUGUUUAUCGUAAAUGGCGUAAAGAAAAGGAGAAUGAGGUGAAAAGACUUGAAGAAAAUGAUCGUCGUCUUCAGUAUGAAAUGUCUCGUAUGAUGUCAAUGCAUGAACGUGAGCAGGCUGUACUGAGACGUCGUGUUGAAGCUGCAGCAGCUGCUGAGCGUCGACUUAAGGAAUUAUUAUUACGUCAGAAAGAUUCGAAACAGGAACGUGAUAAACGUGUAUCACAGUCAAAUAAUACAAAAGGUAAGGUUGAUUUAGCUUCACAUGUUCGAAAUUGGGUUAAAAUGGAUUUGGACAUGCAGGUGAGUAUGGGUGCGGCUAGAUAUCAUUUAAGCAAUCUUAUUGAAUCACGUAAAACGCUUUGUGAUCAAGUUCGUGUAAUAGAGUCGAAAAUUGAAGAUUGUCGAGAGCAAGGUGAAGCUUAUGAAGUGUAUAUUGAUGAAGUGAGGAGUUUGACUGAGACAAUCCAAUCGCAAACACAACAGAUAGGUGAUCUUCAACAGAAACUGAUGGAUGCAGGUGAACGAUGUUCGACGGAUGGGAGUUGUGCAGCGGAUGUAAGUGGUCAAAUGCUGUCGUCGCACCUGUCCCAACUGCACAGUAUUCAAGAGGCGCGUAUAGCUUUGAAGUAUUUAUUUAAACAGGCGACAUUGUCUAAAGUGUCGAAUAUAAAUUUGGAGGCUCAGCUACAAGAUUUGGACACGCAAUUGAUUGCACAAAGACAAGAAUUAGAAAAUUUGCGUCGAAACUAUUCGGUUGAAUUUUCGAAAUGUGAGGAGAAUUUGUGUGAUGUAAAAAGCGAACUGGAAGCUAAAAGUGAGUGUAUUGAACGAUUACAAGGUGAAAACAAUAGUUUACAAGCGGCUCUCCAACUUGUACUUGCCUCAAGUGUGAAUUCGUUUACGAAACUGGACCCUACACUACAGGCGUCUGUUAGGUGUAAUAAUGUGAAAGGAGAGGACUGUUGUGUUAAAGAUAUCGAAUGUUAUUCCCGAUUGACAAGUGAAUAUAUUGAACGACUGCAAAAGGAGAAUGCUGAACUACGUGAAGUUAUCAAAGUUGAACGUGAAAAUGCACUUGUGAUGAAGUCACCUGUGAGUGAUCCGUCAACUGAAUUACUACAAGGAAGGUUAUCUGGGACUCCAGUAGUACGUCAGAAUGAUGGUACUUUCGUUUUAUCAAGCGAAAAUGAUGAUAAGGAUGUGAAGUGUAUCCGUCUAUCAGAUAGUAGAUGUUCGAGUUUAGUGAACAAGCGUUUACAUGCAGAUUCUGAAGUGAUUGACAUUGAUGUACAUGUACGUGAUGUGAAGGUGCAGAAGAAAUCAGUGAGUGAAUGGAGUCUUCAGUUCACGAAUGAUGAUGGUAAUUUAGCUACGGAUGAUGAUACGCAUCGAUCUCGAUGUAAAUGUCGUGGAGCGUGUCAAGCUCGAUGUAGUUGCAGGCGUUCUGGUCGUCCAUGUACACCAUCAUAUUGUCAAUGCAUUAUGGGCAAGUGUCAAAAUCGUAUUAGUGAUCAUUCUUGUGAUGAGAAUGAAGUAGCAAGGAAGAUUUCAGAAAAUGGAACCGAGAUAAUGCGACCACCAUGUGAUGUUCCUGUGAUUCUACGGGCUAAACGAAAAGCGCGUGCAUUACAACUGAAUAUGAAGAAUGAAAAGAAGAGGCCAGUUCAUGCAUUGAAUGAGACUUUCGAUAUGACAAGGAAUAGUAGUCAAGGCGUACAUCAAUCGGAAAUCAAUAACGUUGGUAAUGGUGAUGAUGCUUUCCUAUCUCCAACUGAUUCACAGAAAACAUUCAUACUAGGAGAUGGUGAUGAUGAUGAAGGAGGAGGAGGAGUAGGAGGCAAAGGAUUAGUACGAAAUUUUCGACCGAGAGAUCGUCUGUCUUACUUUCCAAGUCCUUUAUUGCAUCCUGCUUUGUAAAGAUUCGGUUGUCAUACUUACUUUUCUCCAUCCAUUAUGUCGUAGCAUUUGCGGGUUGAUAUUUGUGAGGAAAAUAUUUGAGAAGUGAAUAGGACAAUGCAAUUAUGUUUUAUCGAGUAUUCCACCUUUUUCUACUGAUCCGUUAAAUGUUUCGAUAUGUUUGUGACUUGUAAUGGGAUGAUUAGUUUGUUAACUUUGUAGUGUGAAAUAUAACGUAAUGCAUCGUAUGUAUAUUUUAUGUCUUACCUUUGAUGUUUUGUUUGUGUAAUUUUUCUUCACCGUCAUCAUCAGAUGUGUACAGUAAUCUUGACAAUAUAUAGUCUUAUUAUUAUUA